AUGAAACAACAUCUUCAAACAAAACAUGGAAUUUUAUCACCAGAUGAUCUUCAAUUGAAUUCUAAUGAAGAAAUUCAAAUACAUAUCGAUAAAAUGAUUAGAAAAGUAACUCCAUAUUGUGUACCUAAACAAGUAGAAUUAAAACAAGUUACAGCUGAAUGGUUAGUUACAGAUUCCUUACCAUUUAAUGUUGUUCAUAGAAAAGGAUAUAAAAAAAUGAUACAAAGAUUUGAUCCUGCAUUUAUUUUGCCAAAUAAUAAAGGUAUUAAAAAAGAUCUUACAAUUGCUUAUCAAAAAAGCAUUUUAGCACUUAAGAAUGGAAUUCAGUAUACCACUCUUUUAGUUAUUAAUUCAAGUAUCGAAGCAUUAAAAUUUGAAUUUGCUGAUAGUAGUACAUUAACACUAGAAGAAUUAAAUAAAAUUAUUAAUGAAAAUAAAAUUAAUAUUAAUGAAG